GUUUAUAUCAGCCCCCAUCACCGUACAAGGCGACUGUUUUGAUCAUCAUGGUGUGGGAGGUGGUGACCAGUAAGCCAAAACAUCAGAGCGGUGGACACACAGCAGUGGUGAUGGAUACAGGUGGAGAACAGUUACCUGACCUGCUCUGCUGUGAAGAACGCCUCCCCUCCUCCCCUGGCUUCCCCACCAGUGACAGCUAUAUGGAGUACGACGACCUGCCAGACCUGCAGGAGGUUCAGGAGGAGGCAGAGCCAGCAGUCUACCAGGUGGACGUGGGUGUGUCUCACCAGGAGCGACAUGCACACACAUACCCUCCUGACACACACUGGCUGACGCAACUGGCCCACAUUGCCACGGGACCUCAGAGCCCACUGCUGCAGGAGCCGGCCCCCAGCAGCUCCUCCUUGGCCUGCCUCUCCAGCACCAGCAGUAAUCUACAUUCCUACGCUCGACCUCCCCCCUCUCUCCCAAGUUGCACCACGUCGCCCCCCAGAGGGCGUGGUAGGGAGCGCCUCCGCACCAGGAAGAGCAGGGAACCAGCUGUGUCCUCCCUAUCCUCUCAGUGUGACGAGGAAGACGUUGGCUGGAGCUUCUCCUGCCCCCCCACCGCCUGGCACUGCUUCCUCAAAGGGACUCGUCUGCGUUUCCACAUUGGCUCGAACGUGGACUGGCAGGACGUGGAGGACCUGGACUAUGCUGAGGAAGACUCUGGUGACGACGAAGGAUCCAGGUCUCAGAAGGGUUAUGGCCCCGAGGGUCUGCAGCUGGUGGAGCAUUCAGAGACUGUGUGGUCCGGUCAGGCUUUGCUACAGCUGACAUUUGACCCCGGGGCGCUCGGACAAGCUGUCGUGAGUGCCCGCUGCCAACUUGACCACCCCUUCUACGUCAAAAACAAAGGUUGGUCGUCAUUUCACCCAAGCCUGACCGUGGUGCACUAUGGGAUACCGUGCUAUGAAAUGGAGGUGGGUGAUGUGUGCCUGCCUCCAGGACACAGAGAAGCCAAACACACCGACGACUCGCUGGUGUUUGACACAUUCAGGAGUUAUGACUUCACUCCUCUGGACUCCUCUGCAGUCUACGUGCUGAGCAGCAUGGCCAGGCGGCGGCGUGCCUCCCACUCCAGCGUUUCUCCAGACAGAGACACGUUACAAGACAACCACAGUCCCGGUCCCUCCCCCUCACCAUGUCCCAAGCCAACCAAAACCCAGCAAGCCAGCGCAGCAGGAAGUAAUAAUGCCCCACCCAAUAAGUGCAAGCGGCCAAUGAAUGCCUUCAUGCUGUUCGCCAAGAGGUUCAGGGUGGAGUACACACAGAUGUACCCUGGCAAGGACAACAGGGCGAUCAGCGUCCUACUGGGGGAGCAGUGGAAGAAAUUGCGGAGUGAGGAGAAACGGACGUUCACCGUACAGGCCAAAGCCCUCGCUGACGAGCAGAAAAGACUCAACCCAGACUGCUGGAAACGCAAACGAACCAACUCUGGUUGUCAGUGAAACUUAAUGCUGCAGAGAAGAAGGACCUGUAGCAGCACACACACAUUCUCACACACACCGAUAAGUAGGAUUUAAUUAAGUGUUUCUAAAUGUUCUAACUUCUAAAAACAAUAUCUGCUUCUUUGAUUUUAAUACUUUUAAAUCGUUGUCCGUUUAUAGUCAUCAGAACUUUUUAAUAUUAUAUAUAUAAUUUAUAAUGAUUUUACAAUGUGUGAAUGUGACAAUUCAUAAAAGGAAAAAAAGAGAUUCUGGUUAUUUUCAGAUUCUCAUCAUGUGCUUGAAACAGGGGGAAGGGUGUGGUGCUGUAGCUUUUGGGGUGAAGUAGAAAAUGUAGCCAUUUCCACUUAAAUAUAUGUUAUAUAUAAAGAAAUAUGAAUUUUUGUAUUGCCUGUAUUACUUGCAUUUGCGCAGUGUAUUGCACAAGACUACAUAUUAUUAUUAACUUUGAAAUUUAUCGUGAAAUAUUUAGUUUUAAAACAAAUGUACGCCACACAUUCUUAAAUAGUAGCCUUUAUUUACCUCUCCUUUAAUAAGAGAAGAGGCCUUUAUUAGGUUGGUCUGGCUUCGUUCACCACUUUAACUUACCUUUCAUUUGUAAACAUUUAAAUAUGAAUAAAUAAGUGUUGAGUUUUCACUAAAAGUCGCUUGAGAAAGGCAAAACAUGAUUCAAAAGAGAAUAAAUACUCCCAGUUUGCCCUUAUAUUCCUACUGCAUAACGAGGUUCAUUCUUGACGCACUAUAUACACUUUAUCUUACGUGACUGCUACAGUAUAUUGUGUCAUACCAAUGUAAAGAUAAUUACAUGAUAAUAUAUAUUUUUGGUUUUGACUUAAUUUGUUGUAUUGAUUCUUGAACUUGAUCAGGGGAUUUCAUACAAUGUUUCAUAAUAUAAAUAAAUAAAAGCAUGAAAAAUCUGUC